UUCCAGGAUGAGGAGGACCUCUUCAUGGUGGUGGACCUGCUGCUGGGGGGAGACCUGCGCUUCCAUCUGCAGCAGAGCGUCCGCUUCCAGGAGGAAACACUGAAGCUCUAUAUCUGUGAGCUAGCGUUAGCGCUCGACUACCUGCAGCGCUCGCACAUCAUCCACCGAGAUAUAAAGCCAGAUAACCUCCUUCUGGAUGAACACGGUCAUGUUCACAUCACUGACUUCAAUGUGGCCACAGUCCUGAGGGGCUCUGAAAAAGCCUCAUCAAUGGCAGGAACCAAACCCUACAUGGCACCAGAAGUCUUUGCCUCAUUCGUGGACGGAGCCGCUGGUUACUCGUACGCUGUGGACUGGUGGGCGCUUGGCAUCACAGUGUUUGAGCUGCUGCAGGGAACGCGGCCGUAUGAGAUCCACAGCAGCACUGCAGCAGCUGAAGCGCUCCUCAUCCUCCGGGGUCAGCGUGUGUGUUUCUCCUGCAGCUGCUCCAGAGACUUCAUCAGCCUGAUCCGCAGCCUGUUGACCCCUGACCCCGAGGCUCGUCCGUCCUGUCUGUCGGAUGUCCAGAAGUGUGUGUUCCUGUCAGAUGUGAACUGGGCUGCGGUUCUGAAGAAAUCCAUCCAGCCUGCGUUCAUUCCUGACAAACGGCGUCUGAACUGUGACCCCACAUUCGAGCUGGAGGAGAUGAUCCUGGAGUCCAGACCACUGCACAAGAAGAAGAAGAGGCUGGCCAAGAGCAGACACACACAUCACAGCCCACUGCCCAAGCAUCAGCAGAGGAGUUUGGACACACUGACUCAAGAGUUCAUCGUCUUCAACAGAGAAAAGGUGAAGCAGCAGCAGGUGGACAGAACACACCUUGAGGAAGAUGAAGACCACACUCCCCUGGAUCUGCACAGUGCUGCGCAUCACACACUCCUCUGAUCAUGUGAACACACACUCGUCUGUCUCCUCUUGUCUGACUGCCUCCGGCGAGCCUGUAGAGUUCCGAUUCUGCUCGUUUUUUCAGACCCACAGAGGUCCCUACAGACCCACAGAGGUCCCUACAGACCCACAGAGGUCCCUACAGACCCACAGAGGUCCCUGCAGACCCACAGAGGUCCCUGCAGACCUCGCAGCGCUAAGAUCUGUGCAUCAUCAGAUUAUA